AUGGAAGAGGAACAAUUGCAGCAUGACGUUUUUAGGUUCGACUCGCAUUACAAAUUCUUUAGUCGCCCUGGAAGCUCAAUCAACCAAGUUGGAUCACUUGAAAAAUUAACGGAUACCACGGAUAAGAAUCUUAAUUCUCAGAUUGGUCUCGAUGAGUAUAAUCUUGAAGAGAUUCAUAUUAUUAACGAAACCAUGACAAAUGAACAAACAAAUACGCAAAAUGAAACUCUUCGUGAUCUACAAUCAUUAUCUGUUGAUAGUCAAAUAAAUAGUCUUAGUCCUACUGAACCUUUCACAAAUAAACAAACGUUAUCAACAAACGAGCAGGAACUACUUCCAAAAGCAAAUUCCUUUGCUACUGUUUCUAUUUCUGAUUUUGAACUUAACAAUCUGGAUAAAACACCGUCGCCUCCACCUACAUUCUCAAUAAAAACCUUUGGUUUUACCAGCGAUCUCCCCACCGCCAGAGGACAAUGA